ACAUUUGAUUAAAGAUUAUUAUCUUAUCUGUGACUAUUGUUUUUUGUUUGAUUGGGUGAAGUGUCGUGUCGCCAAAUUAAUUAAUUAAACAAAAAUAUAGUUAUUUUCUAUAGUCUUAUCUUUAAAUAAUAUUUAUUAACCUUUAAAUUCAAAAUGAUGGACUGUGUGGAAGACAGCAGCAAUGACCCCCUGUCAGUGCCCCCUCUGUCAUCACCAUCUACUGCUGAUACCAAGGUGGAUAAGAAGAAACCCAGUGAGAAUGUAUCUCUUGCUGACAAUAGCUUAUUGGUAGACAUAUCAGAUGCACUAAGUGAGAAGGAAAAAGUAAAAUUCACAGUGCACACGAAGACAACACUGCCAGAGUUUCAGAAGUCCGAGUUCUUUGUUGUGCGCCAACAUGAGGAGUUUGUGUGGUUACAUGACAGAUAUGAAGAGAAUGAAGAGUAUGCUGGUUAUAUUAUACCACCGGCGCCGCCUCGGCCAGACUUCGACGCGUCGCGGGAGAAGCUGCAGAGGCUCGGCGAGGGAGAAGGUGCACUCACACGGGAGGAGUUCCUCAAGAUGAAGGAGGAACUGGAAGAGGAAUAUCUAGCGACGUUCAAGAAGACAGUGGCAAUGCACGAGGUGUUCCUGCAGCGACUGGCGGCGCACCCCGUGUUCAGGAGCGACGCGCACCUGCGGGUGUUCCUGGAGUAUGAGCAGGACUUGUGCGCCAAGCCCCGGGGCAAGAUGGACCUCAUUGGAGGGUUGAUGAGGUCAAUGACAACAACAACUGAUGAGAUCUACCUCGGUGCAACAGUGAGAGAUGUGAACGAUUUCUUUGAGCAGGAGACUGCCUUCCUGCAAGAAUACUACUCACAUCUGAAGGAAGCUGUUACCAAAGUCGACCGGAUGACCUCUAAACAUAAGGAGGUGGCGGACUCUCACAUCAAGCUGUCGUCCUGCAUCACGCAGCUGGCGACGCGCGAGCAGCCUGCCACCGAGAGGUUCCUCACCAGGGCCGCGGAGACCUUCGACAAGUGCAGGAAGAUCGAGGGUCGCAUGGCUUCAGACCAGGACCUGAAGUUGGCGGACACGCUCCGCUACUACAUGCGAGACACUCACGCAGCCAAAGCCGUGCUGGUCAGGCGUCUGAGGUGUUUGGCGGCGUACGAAGCGGCCAAUAGGAAUCUGGAACGCGCCCGAGCAAAGAACAAGGACGUACACGCUGCGGAGCAAGCGCAGGCGGAUGCGUGCGCGCGCUUCGAGCAGUUGUCGGCGCGCGCUCGCGAGGAGUUACUGGACUUCCGCACUCGACGAGUGGCCGCCUUCAAGAAGAGCUUAAUAGAUCUGGCGGAGCUGGAGAUCAAACACGCGCGCGCUCAGCAGGAACUGUUCCGGAAGUCGCUGCAGGUGCUGCGGGAGUGUCAGUAAAGUGAUCAGCGCUGAUCACAUUGACCGAGCCGCAACAACUUUUCGCUACUAGUGACGAAAAGUGUUCAGUCGGUAAAACAGUCAAAUACCUAAAUGUCUAAAAUGUGAAUUGAAUCGCUCUUACCACGUAACCAACCAAUUUUCUGUAUACUAUCAGUUGAUCAGGCUGGUCCUCUCAAUCUUGAAUUGGAAAUAAAAAUACAUAAAGCCGAACAUAGAACCUACUCCUUGGAAGUGGAUUAAAAAUUUCAUAAAAAUCCAGGACAUGCAGAGAAUACAUCGUACAAUGGACUGCCUUGCGGCUGUCAAUAGCAUAGAUAGAUGUUAAUAUGAGCCUCUACUUUUACCAGCGAGUAACCCUAUAAAUACUAACACAGCAAAGUUACUUGGGUGAAGAAAUCCAAGAUUAAACAUUCCUUAGACCUAUACAAGUAACCUUAAUUUUUAAAUCUUAUUCAUGUCAAUGU